AUGGCUGGUCAAUCCUUUGAAGAAGGCCUGCAUUCUUACCAUCCCAACGGGUUUCACCCCGUCCAUCUGGGGGACAUUUUUCAUUGUAGGUAUAAGGUCCUCAGGAAACUGGGUUACGGCCGGUACUCGACGGUAUGGCUCGUGGAAGACCAAAGGUGCUGCUGUUACAAGGCUUUGAAGAUUCUCAGCGCAGAAUGUUACGGUGGAUCUAAUGAUCUAUUCGAAUUGGAAGACAUCGAUAACUAUAUCCCCACGCUGGUUGACUCAUUUGAACAUGUUGGCCCCAACGGUCGCCAUGUAUGCCUUGUGCUGGAGCCUAUGGGAGAAACCCUGGCAAGUUUUGGUACCCUGUUUCCGAAGUGUCAGGUUCCAAGUCCCAUCAUCCAACGCUUCACCAAGCAACUUCUCCUCCUGGCUCUAGAUUACGCACACCGGUCGGGAGUUAUCCAUACAGACAUCCAACCCCGAAAUGUUAUGAUCCAAAUUUCCGACUUAUCCAUCAUUGAUAAAUACUUGACUAUCCCAGAAUCCAGUAAUCUGAUGGACCUUGAUGUUGCUCUUUGUGACUGGGGCGCCGCCAGCUGGACUGACAACCACCUCACUGAGGUUAUACAGCCGGUGCUUCUUCGAGCACCGGAAGUGAUCCUCAGGGCUCCGUGGGGAGCUCCGGUUGAUAUUUGGAACCUUGGCGCGGUCUUACUUGAAGUUCUGGACGCAGUACGAAUGGUUGAUGGCCGAGCAGCGCAAACUGGAGGAGUCUAUAAAACCAAGCAUCACCUGGAAGAAAUGGUGGCGCUUUUUGGGCCGUUUCCCUCGUGGCUACUGGCGCAGGGCAAGAAAGAAGUAGUUGAUGAAUUCUUUGACGAGAAUGGGAGAAUUCGCGAUCCGAUCCCUAGGCCAGAAGCCAUGCUGGAGAAUUGGAUUGAGAGUUUGGCCGGGGAUGACAAGGCAGAGUUCAUUAUGUUCUUGAAAAGCAUGAUGAAAAUCGACCCUCGUGAUCGGUUAAUGCCAAAACAAUUACUGGAUGAGCCUUGGCUUCAACAUACUAGCUGA